AGGACUUAAAUAGCGGACUCCAAACUUCAGUCAACAUUCGUAUCGUGUUCUUUGAAGUCUAACAAACUAAAAUGAAAUGCUUUGUCGUUUUCAGUUUUCUUUGCUUAUCCAUUGUUUCAUGCGAGGAUUGUACACCAGAUGACUCGGCUAUUAUGAGUAGAUUUAAGAGACAAUCCAACAAAUACAUAUAUCCAAUGACGGGUACCUGGUAUAAGGAUACAGCUAGCGGUAAAUACUAUUUCAGACAAGGUAACAGUAUUUAUGUUCAAAGAAAUGAUGGUUACUACUCAAAAUGGGUUACAAGUGGUAAUGGUGCCGAAUAUGUCCUGAAUGACAAAUACAAGUGGACAUGGGAUAAACAAGGAAGGUUGUAUCCUUUGGAGGACGAUUGUCCAGCACCUAUCAAGGAAAACCAGAAAUUCGGUAUACCCAUCAAAUGCUUGGGUGGGCAAUGUCCUGAUCAGGCCAAAUUUCCUUGCGGGGGAGUGUGGCAUUACACCAAUUGCAGAUAUUACUACGACGUAGGAGACACCAGCUACCAGCUCUGCACUAAUGGAUUCUACAGGAAGUGGUCCAAGAGGCCCCCAAGCGACGAGGCAGUACAAAUCUGCCCCGACAAUUGGACUUGGGAUACGCAAACUGGAGAGUGGGAACCUGUACCAAACAGUGAACGACGAAGCUGUACUCAUGAAGAUCCUCCUUGCAAGAAAAAGAAGAAUCAAAGAUUGACUCAAGAUGAGGCCACCGUUCCAAAAUCAGCAUUCUUUUUAUGAUCUUGAAGAACAACAAAUAAUGAGCACGAAUAUCCAAAAUACUUUGUUUUAUAUUCCUCAAUGAAUUUCUCGACCUCAUAUUUAUUGAUGUAUUUAAUUAGUAAUUUAAAAGGCUCUGAAAAAAAUUCUCAAUGGUUUGAUAAGGAAGUAUCUUGUAAAUAAAUGUAUUUUUUCCCCGAA